CGCGGCGGGGCUGACCGGCCCCGAUGAGGCGGAAGGAGAAGCGGCUUCUGCAGGCGGUGGCGCUGGUGCUGGCGGCCCUGGUCCUUCUGCCCAACGUGGGGCUCUGGGCGCUGUACCGCGAGCGGCAGCCCGACGGCACCCCCGGGGGAUCGGGGGCGGCGGUGGUCCCGGCGGCCGGACUGGGCUCCCACAAUCAGCAGAAGAAGAUAUUUUUCGUGGGAGAUGGGCAGAAGCUGAAGGAUUGGCAUGACAAAGAAGCCAUCAGAAGGGACGCCCAGCGCGUAGGAAAUGGAGAACAAGGGAGACCUUACCCCAUGACCGACGCAGAGAGAGUGGAUCAGGCGUACCGAGAAAAUGGAUUUAACAUUUACGUCAGUGAUAAAAUCUCCCUGAAUCGCUCUCUCCCUGAUAUUCGGCACCCAAACUGCAACGGCAAACGCUACCUGGAGACACUCCCCAACACCAGCAUCAUCAUCCCCUUCCACAAUGAGGGCUGGUCCUCCCUCCUCCGCACCGUCCACAGCGUGCUGAACCGCUCACCCCCGGAGCUGAUCGCCGAGAUCGUGCUGGUUGAUGACUUCAGUGAUCGAGAGCACCUGAAGAAGCCACUUGAAGACUACAUGGCUCUUUUCCCCAGUGUGAGGAUUCUUCGAACCAAGAAACGGGAAGGGCUGAUAAGGACCCGAAUGCUGGGGGCCUCGGCAGCAACGGGAGAUGUGAUCACAUUCUUAGACUCGCACUGUGAAGCCAAUGUCAACUGGCUCCCCCCCUUGCUCGACCGUAUCGCUCGGAACCGCAAGACCAUCGUGUGCCCGAUGAUUGACGUGAUUGACCACGAUGACUUCCGGUACGAAACACAGGCGGGGGAUGCCAUGCGGGGCGCUUUUGACUGGGAGAUGUACUAUAAGCGGAUCCCAAUUCCUCCAGAACUGCAGAAAGCUGACCCCAGCGACCCAUUUGAGUCUCCCGUGAUGGCCGGUGGACUGUUCGCUGUGGAUCGAAAAUGGUUCUGGGAACUGGGCGGGUAUGACCCAGGCCUGGAGAUCUGGGGAGGGGAGCAGUAUGAAAUCUCAUUCAAGGUGUGGAUGUGUGGGGGUCGCAUGGAAGAUAUCCCCUGCUCCAGGGUGGGCCAUAUCUACAGGAAGUACGUCCCCUACAAAGUUCCGGCUGGAGUCAGCCUGGCCCGGAACCUGAAGCGAGUGGCGGAAGUGUGGAUGGAUGAGUACGCGGAGCACAUUUACCAGCGCCGGCCCGAGUACCGCCACCUCUCGGCAGGGGACGUCGCUGCCCAGAAGAAGCUGCGCAGCUCCCUUAACUGCAAGAGUUUCAAGUGGUUUAUGACCAAGAUCGCCUGGGACCUGCCCAAAUUCUACCCACCCGUGGAGCCCCCGGCCGCGGCUUGGGGGGAGAUCCACAAUGUGGGCACGGGGCUAUGUGCUGACACGAAGCACGGGGCCCUGGGCUCCCCACUGAGGCUGGAGAGCUGCGUCCGGGGCCGCGGGGAGGCUGCCUGGAACAACAUGCAGGUGUUCACCUUCACCUGGAGAGAGGACAUCCGGCCCGGAGACCCCCAGCACACCAAGAAGUUCUGCUUUGACGCCAUCUCCAACACGAGCCCAGUCACCCUGUAUGACUGCCACAGCAUGAAGGGCAACCAGCUGUGGAAGUACCGCAAAGACAAGACCCUGUACCACCCCGUCAGCGGCAGUUGCAUGGACUGCAGUGAAAGUGACCACCGGAUCUUCAUGAACACUUGUAACCCCUCUUCUCUCACCCAGCAGUGGCUGUUUGAACACACCAACUCGACAGUCUUGGAAAAAUUCAACAGGAACUGAGCCCUCCCGUCUCCUCAGCAGGCCUGGCGGAGUCGUCCCUGGCCCCGCCGCAGCCUUCCCCUCCCGAGGGAGGCAGGGCUUCCGUGGUCACCGUGAUGUGAGAGGUGCUGGCCAGCCGGUCCAGGGCACAGAGGGCUCUCAAAGCUGGCGCAAGGUGUCCGCCUGGUCCCUAAAGCCCAGGGGUGGAGGUGGGGUGGAGAACAGACCCCACCGGAGCCCCCACAAAGAGCAGUGCCUGCUUUAACCCCUGAUGGCAUCAUGGAAAUCCCAGAGGGCCUUUUCAGCUUUGUUACCGCGGGCCCUUGAGCAUUAUGUGGGAGGAAUGCCAGGGCAGCCCUAGGCCACCCCACAGUGGGUCCCACAAGGUUGCCGAGCCUUCAGAUGUCUCAUCUGGGACGGUCCUCCAGAAAAGGGGCAGCUUCUGCCUGUCUGGGCAGCUUGUAGCACCAGUGCCCUCAUCUUCCCCAGGAAGGGAGACAGGAGGAGGUUUUUCUGGGGGCGCCGGUGCCAGACAUUCAGUAUCUUCCCUGUCGCGGGCCACUGCAGUUACCGGCUUUGUCAUAGCCCCAAGUGAUGAAAUCGAAGGCCUCACCUGGACUGUCACAGUGUUCAAUACUGAGCACUGGCCAACUGCCAGGCCUGGGGGCAGAAGUGGGACCCCCAGACAUUCCUUUGCCACCACGGACACAUGGGCUCUCUCUCCUUGCUCUCUGGGCGCUUGAAAUGUCCACAUAGUGCCUGGCAGGCACAGGACAGCUCAGCCACCCGCUUCUCAGAGCUGUGUCACAUGGCCUUGGGCCGGUGGAAAGGGCCUAGUGAGAAGACCUCCAAACUAGAUAGGCUGGCGGAAUUUCCCUGCUCAGUGCUUCCGUCUUCCUCUUUCUGUCUUGGGCAAUCACGUGCCUCAAGAGAGGAGCAGACAUGUGAGGUGCUCCCCUCACAACAUCUGGAGGCCUCCAGGGCAGACCGUGGGCAAGAUGCCCAGCCUCUGACCUCAUCGCGGCUCUAGUUCUCAUACAGAGCUCUAGAAUUUUUCAAGAACUCUAUCAUUAGAUCACAACCUAGAAUGCUACCCAGGAUUCUGGUAUUCUAGCAUCAGCAUGCACUUCAGGAAUGCUGUGACUGGAAAGAGUCAGCCAAGUGUAGUACAGUCAAGGCAGCCCCCCCCCACCUGCAAACAAUCUCUGAAACCCAAGGUUGGUGGUGUUGCGGGGGGUGGGUGACCUAUGUCUGUCAGCUCGUACCAGAGACCUUGGUAUGACACGGUCCUCAGCGCAGUCCCAAAGCCCUGUGACCCUCCACCACCCUCCCAGCUGUGGUGGAGUAAAGCGCCCAGUGUCCCACAAGCAGAUGGACAUCUAGGUCCAUGCCAGUCCCUCGUGUUUACCUUUUACUUUGUUAAUUAUGUGUCAGACUCCCAGAGGGCUCCCAAACUAAGAGAAAUCGUUUCUGCAACCAGCCUGCCCCCCACUGAUUCAGAAAUGGAAAUCACAUUCCACAACCUAUGGCUUCCACCAGCUAGUCCGGGAAAUACUUGAAGUCGGUAUUCCAGUUAGAGUUGGAUCUCUCAAAUGUGGCAUUUACCAAUGAAAUGAGACAUAUAUCUGGGAACAGAGCCACAAAUCUGCCUUUGAGAUGCUGGCUGAUCUCAAGGCCAUUUUUGUCUGGGGGCUGGGGGGAGGGAUAAACUCCCAAACACCAUCACCCUGAUUAUGCAAAGAGCUGGCAGAGCACCACUUCCUCCACUUCUGCCCCCACACAAGCCCUGUGCUGGCCACCUGCCGACAGGAGAAGUGGCCCUCUGCUCGCAGAAGCUUCCUUGUCGAUCCCUCCUGUCUUUUCCAGAUGAGUCCUCUAUCUUUCGAAGUGGCCCUCCAUAGGAAGGAGUCCGAAGAGGAGGCCCCUUCCAGGAUCUAGGAGAACAGGAGUGUUGCAGUUCAGAGAGCUGAAUUAGGGGUCAUCCUCAGAAAGCAAUGCAGCAUCAUUAAAAUAAAAACUGUGCCUUUUUAAAAGAAGACAAAAUGCAAAUGUACAGCAAAUCCCUAAACUUGAACAAUUCCCUAGUGCCUUGCUAGACAAACCUGCAGGGGCAGGGUUGGGGGGGAGGGGAAACACUGGUGGUGGCGUGUGUAUUUUCUGUUGGAUGAGUGUGUGUUUCAGAACUUCUAAUUUCAAGUAGGAGACGUGGGGCCCAGAGCAGGCAGGAUCUGAGACAAAGAAGCCCUCAAGGGCCAGACGCCAGAGUUGUUCCUGUUUGUGCCAGGAACACUACAAAUUAAAAGGGCAGUAGAACAACUCCUUUAGUCUGUAGCCUGGAAGGGCCUCAGCAGCCCUAGAGAGAGACCCCUGUUCAGAGGCCAUGCCUGAAGUCCCCAUCCCAGCCCCCAGACAGAGUGCCAAGCACUCGCUAGAUUCCCAAAUGGUCCCAUUCCAAGGGGGUGACUGUCCUUGGCAAGACCAGGACUGCUUGGACAGCAGGAGCAGCAGCCAGCAGGCCACAGCCUUCCUCUUUGCCAUCCUUUGGUUCUCUUUCAAGUCUGGUUUGGCCCCCUCAACAAGGGGGGUGGUUCCCCCUUAGCAGGUCUUAUCCAGAGGUCCUGGGACUUGACAGAGUAAUCGGGGAGGGAAAGAGAGACAUUCAUGGCUUAGCCAACCAAUGGACGGAAUACUAAAUACUGACCCCUCGUUUUGGCCUCAAUUUUGAAAACCACCUGUCUCAAAGAUUCCGGUUCCUGCUCGAACUGCCAGCUGUCACUCCGGAAAGCAGCCAGGAGUCCGCGCAGGUGCUCUCAUCUGGGUAAUGGGUGAGGAUGGGGGCCCCUUUUCCUCUCUUUAUUCUGAGCAGGUCACAAAACGGUGUGGGUGGAGAGAAUCUUGACUAGGGGGCCCACCAGCAGCCUUUCCACAGGAGGCCUCCAGAAGCAUUUUGCAAUGCAGAGAGCAUCUUUAGAGAUACAAGGCCUUGGGAGGGGGCCAAGUGUACAGGCACAUGUGUGAAAAUCCAUCCCACCGUGUGCCUCCGCCUGGAGGUUUCGACUUCCAAAGCCAUCUAGGAACUAGGCAUCCACCCACUGAGGAAAAACUAGUUCGGAGGUAGGGGGGGGGUCCUCCCACAGACCUAGAGGAGAAGGAGCACUUCUUGCCGUAGGGUGCGGCAGACAGGUCUCCAAAGUCCCCAUUGUCUUCACUCUGCAAACCUACCUGGUGAAUUUCUUUUUCUCCUGAAGAAAGAGAUAAUCUCUUUUAAAAUGACUCUGUUUCUUUCCAUGCAUCUUCAUUUUUCUGUCUCUGGAGUCUCAAAGGUGUGGCAAAGCACUUUACAGUAGUGACUGAGAAACCUGGAUUCCUUGCUUCAGUGAUUUUAGCUUGUACAGGUUGGGGGAUCUUUUCUAAUUCCUGGGAAGCUGUGCACUUUUAAUGUUUUCUGGAGAUUUUUAAGUGUGGAAGAGGGGCAAAGGGUGCAGUCCUACUCUGGAAUUGUUUUCUACUUUCUCUUUGUGAAAAUCCAAGUCCUAUUUCAGUCCAAAGUUGAUCUUGAGCCAAGGCCCACUGUCACCUCUGGGGUGGGACCUACAUCCCCAGUGGCAAGGCCCCCCUAACACCUGCUGGUCACAUGGCUUUGAUUCUGCCUUGUCAGUUAACAGGGUUGGGCUCCUGCUCUGUUUUGGGCUUGAAGACUGGAAUCCCAAAGGGACUAUAGGCAGGGAAUAUUGGGAUGGCACACUGGGCAUUCCAUACAGAAAGCUCAAGACCACCAACCCCUCUUCUGCCUGGAAAAGUGAGCCUUUGUGAAGAACUGACUUACGCGUACAAUUGUGAUUGUGACUGUUGUUGAAUAAACCUCCAGACUUUCUGUAACGUG